CUAUGUGAUCGCCCACUCAGUAACACACUCCACCUUCAGGUGGUCGCGACGCGUUCUCCAGAGAUCGAGAUCAUAGUAUACGAUCCACGUAGCAGGAUCAUGAAGGACCUUUUCAGUGUCCUGGCAGUCGCGCUGCUGAUCGCGGCCGUCGGCGCCCAGGAUUCUUCCUCGUCCAAUUACCUACUCACCGGACACUCCACUCCGCUGAGCGGCAGUCUGGCCCACCAGUUCUUCAAUUUGGCCUCGCAGUAUUCCCAGCUCCAAAAUAGAACUAAUCAGGUGGCCCGCGUCUACGAGGAUCGAACCUACGACGACGACCUCUGCGAUCGGGAUGUCGCCUUCAUCCGGGACUCCAUCGACAAUACGGAGGAGUGGGCUCUGGAGUUUCCGGACACCUGGGGUCGCCUGCCCAUGGGUCUCUUCUGGGGCCACACGAUCAGCAUGGGUCAGUACGAGGAGUGCGUGGCGGCGACUAGCACCCACACCGAGGAGGUCCGCGGACAGUACUGCCUGGCUAGCCUGAACAUCACUACGUUCUAUAAAUCGGUCAAGAAACGUGGCGAAGAGUUCACCCGCAUUAGCUACAAGCAAACCGAUCCGGAGUUCUUUGAGCUGGGCAUCUGUGUGCCCAAGACCUGCAGUGCCGAGAAGACCGACGAGUUGCUCAAGUAUGCCAUCACCAAAAUGUAUGGCAAUGAUUAUACCGAUUCGGAAAGCGUAAUGGUCACGCAGGCGCGCUGCAAAUACGAUGCACCCAUCGAGCUGCGCGGCAUUGACAUUUUCGCCAUCAUCUUCUUCUCGACGAUUAUCUUCUUCAUGUUGGCCAGCAGUGUCUACGAUUACAUCCAGACCCGCAAUGGAGCUCCCAAGAAACCGCUGCUGGUGGCCUUCUCGGUGCUGACCAAUGCCCCCAAGAUCUUCACCGUCAAGAAGGUGAACAAUCCGAAUGUGAUCCACUGUUUGAACGGCUUGCGUUGCUUCAGCAUGAUGUGGGUGGUCUUCGGCCAUGGCUACAUGACCUUCUACGAUCUGCCGCACAUCAACAAGAACAAGUUCUACACCUGGGUCCAGACCCCCUACUCGAUGUUGGUCCAGAACGGCUCCCUUUGCGUGGACACGUUCUUCUUCAUGUCCGGCCUGCUGAUGUGCUGGGGCGCCUUCCGCGAAAUGGAGCGCACCAAGGGCAAGCUGAACAUCCCCAUGAUGUAUUUCCAUCGGUAUAUCCGCCUCACGCCGGUCGUGGCCGUCGUCGUCCUGUACAUUAUGUCGCUCUACAAGUACUCGGGCGCCGGACCCAUGUGGUUCAAGCUGGGCACUCAGGACAAGCGGUGCGCCGACACCUGGUGGGCCACGCUGAUCUACGUCCAGAACUACGCCUUCCCCUACAGCAUUUGCAUCUCGCAAUCGUGGUACCUGGCCGUGGACACCCAGCUCUACUUCCUGUCGCCGCUCUUCCUCAUCCCGCUGUGGAAGUGGGGCAAGAAGGCCCUGGUGCCCAUUGUGAUCAUCCUGAUUCUGUGCCUGGGCGGCACCUUUGCCACAUUUAUGCUGAACGACUUUACGCUAUUCCGCGUCCAAGACGAUCAUGUGGAUCUGCGCCAGCGGCUUACGUACUAUCCCACCCACACGCGCAUUCCCACCUGGCUGAUCGGUGUGAUCUUCGGCUACUUCCUGUUCACCCGCAAUCGCGGUCGCCAGAUUCCGAUGACGAAGCCCCUGGUGCUGACCGGCUGGUUCGUGGCCUUCGGCACAAUGUUGGCCUGCAUGUGGGGACCCUACUGGCGCAUCCUGCCCGACACUCCCGACUCGCCGUUGAUUGAGGGCGCCUUCUUUGAGCCGCUGAGCAGGACCUCGUGGGCCCUGUCCAUCGGCUGGAUCGUCUGGGCCUGCUACAAUGGUCACGGGGGUCUGAUCAACGACUUCCUCUCCUGGAGCUUCUUCACGGGCUUCAGCCGACUGUGCUACUGCAUGUACGUCAUCCAUCGCAUUGUCCAGCUGGUAAACGCGGCGCGUCUGCAGACGGACACCCAUUUCUCCAACUACGAUGCGAUCCUCCGCUGGUGGCACGACUUCGGCCUCACCCUGUGCGCCUCCAUCUUCGCCACCUUGGCCUUUGAGGCUCCCAUUUUGGGCAUCGAGAAGGCCAUCUUUGGCAAGCCGGCGCCCAAGAAGCCCGCCGCCCCGGUGGCAGCCACUUCGGCUCCCAUCGAACCGCUAGCCAAGCCAGAACCCAAGCUGCUGGAGGAGACCAAGGCGGAAAUCGCGCCCAUUCCCACCAGCGAAGAGAAUCCAUCCAAGGCCUAGGCCAUCCGAAGCCUUCAAACGAUUUUUUUUUUGCCCCCAUUGAACCUAUUUUUUGUGUGUAGUUAGUUUUAUUUAUUAAAAAUUUUAAACAAUCAA